AUGUCCGCUCCUCAUCCUUAUCCCUUCUAUAAGCAACUUUACAACGAUAAAGGCCGGUCAGAUGUGAUUCUCCGCUUCGGCGACCAGAGAGUACUCGCCCACAGGCUCAUCCUAGCGGGCGCGUCGGAGCUGUUCCACACGGCCUUCAAGAGCAAAUUCUCAGUUGCUAACAAUGCCGAGUACAAUAUCGAGGAGUUUGCACCCGCAACUGUUCACGCCAUGAUCAAGCAUAUCUACGGAUUCAAGUACGAUGAAGACCACCUGGCCUCUAAACCAAACGAGGAUCAAAAACUAGAUUUCUGGAUCGAUAUGCUUCUUAUAGCGAACGAGUACAGGAUCCCGUCCCUGACUGCUGUCGCCACCAGCUCUGUCCUCGAAUUUCUCAGGGAUUUUAAGCUUGACUUUGCCCCUUGCGACUGGGUGAGAACAAGGAAAGACAACUUUCGCAAGGCGAUCAAGAGAUUUGUCGAACUGGAAAAUAAUGUCACGUUGUCAGACAGCUCCUGCCAAGACGGCGUCGUUGCCAUCUUGUGUGAAUAUUCAAUGUCAGGUCUUGUGAACGAGCUGCAGUUGGACAAGAUUCUGGAGCCUAUCGAACCCUUCUCGGCGCGUUUGAUCCGCCAGCUGAGCAAGACGAGGAAGUAG